AUCUAUGAUAAUAUAGGAAAUUCAACAUAUGAAAAGUUGGAACAAUUCCUGUUUGGGUGUCGAAAACAGAAAACAGACGACGGAAAAAGUAGACUAAAGAAAGAAGAAUCAACGAUUCUGAGGACUUAUUUCAGAUGGGUAUGUCCCAUUUCCCAACAAGAACAACAACAACAACAACCCAGAUUUGGUUUUCCGUAUUUUCAAUUUCUUGGGAGAGAAAAAGUUAUCUGGGACACAACAGUUUUGCCUAAAUUCCAAUUCCAAAUGGAGAGAGACGAAGAUAACUUGUUAGAAGAUGGUAAUGGUAUCGUUGUGGGAGAGAGUUCCAAGCCGAUUCAGUCGAAUGACGACUCUGAGCCUCAGCUUCAUGGUGGUGAUGGUGAAGAAGCAUCGUGUUUGAGCACUACCCUUUUCUUGGAUCAUGUUGGCCGAGUCAUCCUCACCUUCAAUUCUGAUGGGUUGUCUUGGGAAAAAUUGCACCACUCCUCCUUCAAUCUUGAUGAGUCAAUUUGUUUGGGCAGAAAACUUGCUCCUAAGGCUGCAACUAAGAUCAAAUUUUCCGAUGUUUAUGCUGUUGAGUUCGUCGACUAUGGCUUGGUUCAUGAACCAAAUCUUCUAAAUGGUGGAAGAAGUCUUUUGGGUGAUGACCAUGAGAUGUACCGCUUUACGGUGCAUGGUUUCCAAAGGUCAAAAACUCAGUCUUCUCUUUGGGUUCUGGCUGUGUACACAUUCUGUCAUAAGGAUCUGCAGACGUGUCAGAUGUGGGUGGAUCGAAUUAAUGCCUCUCUAAACCUUGAAUUGGGGAGACCAAGAAAUCUUCUGGUUUUCGUUCAUCCAAGGAGUGGGAAAGGUAGUGGUUGUAGAACUUGGGAAACUGUGGCACCUAUAUUCUCACGUGCUAAAGUCAAAACAAAGGUGAUCGUGACACAGAGGGCAGGACAGGCAUUACAUGUGAUGACCUCUACUUCAAACAAGGAGCUUUACUCAUAUGAUGGUGUUGUGGCAGUUGGUGGUGAUGGUUUCUUCAAUGAAAUCCUUAAUGGGUUUCUUUCAUCAAGGCAUAAAGCUCCUUACCCACCAAGCCCUUCAGAUAUUACUUGUCCUGUUGAUGGAAAUAGCAGUUUCGUAAUUCAUCAUGGUUCAAGUGAAACAGUUGCUGAGACUACUUCUUAUCAAAAUGAAGACCAGUCACCUCUCCUCUCAAGUGCUAGACAACAAAAUGGAUCUGGAUUCUCAAAUUCCAGAACUGAAGAUGGUUCUUGCAACACUGAUCAAGAUUGUGUUUUGUCCUUCGCCAAAAAACAGUUUAGAUUUGGAAUCAUUCCUGCAGGUUCAACUGAUGCCAUUGUGAUGUGUACCACUGGAGCUCGAGAUCCUAUAACAUCUGCCUUGCACAUUGUCCUAGGUAAUAGGGUGGGCCUUGAUAUAGCUCAAGUUGUAAGAUGGAAAACAACGCCUGAAUCAAAAGUUGAACCUUAUGUACGCUAUGCGGCUUCUUUUGCUGGGUAUGGAUUUUAUGGAGAUGUCAUUGCUGAGAGUGAAAAGUAUCGCUGGAUGGGCCCCAAACGUUAUGAUUAUGCAGGAACAAAAGUUUUUUUGAAGCACAGGUCAUAUGAGGCAGAAGUAGCAUACAUAGAAGUCAAAUCAGAAGAAAAAAAUUCGACUCUUGAAAGAGGCCGCUUGAGUGGUCGGGUUCGACCACUACGAAGUUCAAAUAAAUCUGAAAGAGUGAUUUGUCGUGUUAAUUGCACUGUUUGUAACAAAAAAACAGAUCAAGUAUCCAUGGGAAGUCCCAGAUCAGUGCCUUACCCACCUCCGGAGGAAACAAGAUGGUUGAGAUCUAAAGGGCGUUAUCUUAGCAUUGGUGCUGCCAUAAUAUCCUGCCGAAAUGAAAAAGCACCAGAUGGUUUGGUGGCUGAUGCACACCUUUCAGAUGGUUUCCUGCAUCUCAUAUUGAUUAAAGACUGCCCUCAUGCUUUGUAUCUAUGGCACCUAACCCAGCUUGCAAAGAGAGGUGGAACUCCCUUGAACUUUAAGUUCGUUGAACAUCAUAAAACGACAGCUUUUAUGUUUACUUCUUAUGGCACUGAGAGUGUAUGGAAUUUGGAUGGGGAGCCCUUUCAAGCUCACCAACUCUCAGCACAAGUAUUUAGAGGCCUUGUUAGCUUAUUUGCGUCUGGUCCCGAAGUCUAACAGAAGACUUGCAAAAGAGUUUGUUGGAGAAAAUCUUAACUAUUCCCAUAUAUGUUACCAUUGUUUUGUGAUUAAGUUAUCCAGUCAAAUCAGUUUUGUACAAAUGACGUGUGUGUAUAAUGAAAUUUAGAGAACAUUUCAGGGGGCCUUAGUUUAAGAGAGUGAGGUUCAACAAACACCUCUGAUACAAUACGUAGAAGAGGAUUAAGCGGGAGAAAAAGAUAUCAAGCAAUGCUGCUGUUCAUUUUGUACUACUAUUAAAAGUAUAAGUCAUCAAUUAACCUCACAUCAACUGGAUUUUAUCAUUGAUAUCAGUAAGUUAAUUUUUCGGGUUGUUUUA